AUGUCUUCUCCUGCCGCCGCCCCUGACAAGGAAACAUUGAAGCUCCUCCUCCCCCUCCGAUAUGAUGGAAAAACAGUCGUCGAGUGCAACCGCUUCGUCUCCCAGUUGCUCAUCUACUGGGCGGUUGACACGACCCUCUCCACCAUCGAGCUGAAGGUCCAAGUUGCCCUUAGCCUCCUCGAUGGUGACGCACGAGCCUGGGCCACUCCCAUCUUCGCCCAGCUCGCCGCUGUCCAGAUUGGGACUCAGGGAGCAACAACGCCCUUCGCCAACGAAAUGGCCUUUCUCACGGUGUUCAAGGCCCGCUUCGGAAAUCUUGACGACGCCGCCGUGGCACAGGUGGAGCUCACCAAGCUCUGUGCUGACAAAACCAUGCGCGAGAAGCGCACCGCCGCAGAAUUCUCUGCGCUGUUCAAGGGUCCGGCGGACUGUUCCGGGUAUGGGGACCUGGAACUUCGCGACAAGUACCUGAGCGGCAUCCCCUCCCGCGUCUAUCGCAAGAUCGAGCUCGAGACCUUCGCCACGUGGCAAGCCGCUGACAAGCGCGCCACCGAGGUCGAGCAAAUCCUCAACGUUAGCCGGGCCCGGCGGCCUGAGUUGAACAAUUUCUUCUCGGCCCGAGGCCGAGGACGCGGUGGGGCACGUGGUGGUGCACCUCGACCACAAGGAGCUUCGGCCAGCAUCAAUGCGGCCAUCGGAAAAGGAGACUUCCCCGGCAGUUGUUUUGGCUGCGGGAAGCAAGGGUACCGACAUUUCGAGUGCCCCAACUGUAAGGACAAGCCUUACACAAAACGUGCCGAUGUGCGGGCUACGGUUGCCUCGGGUUCCACCCAGGCGGCGACAAGCGCCCCCGUCGCUUCAUCCUCAGCAAGUACAAACACCACUGCAGCGAAAUCGGAAAGUUCCGAGCUGGCGGACUUGAUGGCACAGAUGAAGUCGAUGCGCGAGGAGCUCGAGCACUAUCGGGCAAUGAAAGAGGAGUCUUUUUGA